CGACCAGCGAAUUCUCAUCAAUCUACCGUUUUUAGCUAGCAUAGACGCACAGCCAGGCACACGACAGUCCGCGUCCCACACCCGUCUCCUCCAUCCAGAUAAACUCACUCUGGGCGCUUGCGUGCCGAUUUCGCCAGGCUGCUACGGUAUUUAUUCGGCGCACAGGCUUCCUUGCUUAGUCGUUCUUAGAGGCCAGUAUAAAAGCACUACAGCAAACCGUAGAAAGGCCGUUCAAGCUCACCAAAGUGAAUUGCAACAAGCGGCGAUACCCUCAAUCCUUGGUGAAGGGUGACACUGGCCCGCGUCAGCAUGAAGGCAUUCAACGCUAUCCUUGGCCUAUUAUCUCUGGCUGGCUCAGCUCUUGGAGCUCUGCAGCAGGUCACCGGCUUUGGCACUAACCCCACAAGCCUCCAAAUGUAUAUUUCUGUCCCAGCCAAGCUCGCGACAAAUCCAGCCAUCGUUGUCGCGCUACACCCGUGCGGCGGCACUGCGCAACAGUGGUAUAGCGGCACCAAGCUGCCAUCGUACUCGGACAGCCAAGGCUUCAUCCUGAUCUACCCGCAGACGACAAAAUAUAGCAAUUGCUGGGACGUCAACAACGGCGGUUCGCUGACCCACGGCGGGAACGGGGACGCUCUGGGUAUCAUCAGCAUGCUCAACUACACCCUCUCCAAGUACAACGGCGACAAGAGCAAAGUCUACGUCAUGGGCGGCUCGUCUGGCGCCAUGAUGUCCAACGUUAUGGUGGGCUCGUAUCCGGACGUCUUUGAGGCGGGCGCCGCGUACUCGGGCACGGCCUUUGCGUGCUUCGCCGGCUCAAAAGGCGACCCCACGCCCUUUGGCUCCAACCAGACUUGCGCACAAGGCCUCACGCACACUCCGGAGCAGUGGGCUCAAUUUGUCUACAACGCUUAUCCUGGCUAUACAGGCAAGCGGCCGCGCUUCUUGGUCGCUCAUGGCCUCGCCGACACCCUGGUCCGCCCCCAAUGCGCCUACGAGCAGCUCAAGCAAUGGUCCGCUGUGCUGGGCGUAUCCAACACAAAGAACCUCACUGGCAGCCAAGUAGAAGAGGGCUCGCAGUACACGCAGCUGGUCUACGGUGACAGCAACAAGCUGGUUGGCUACCUUGGCCAGGGUGUUGGCCACAUCGCGCCCGUGGUCGAAACUGUGCUACUGAAGUUUUUUGGGCUCACGUCUUGAGGUCGCCCGCGGUUUUCCUCAGCCCUAUCCAGCAUCUUAGUGCUCCCAAGGUCAGCAAGGCUCAUGACGUAGUGAGGAGUUGAUCCGGCUGUAUCUGGGUUGAAAGGGUUUCAAGGCAGGUGGGGGACAUGCGAAGUUUGCUUGUUUGUUCGUGUAUAUACUUGAG